AUGGUGAAGUCAUAUUUAAAGUUCGAACAUUCGAAGACUUUCGGGCUCAUCGCAUCCGGCUCGUCCAAUGCGAUCUGGGCCCGCGAUGAGGAUAGCCUGGGUACUGCGCGUCGGACUGGCUCCGGGAGAGCCAUCGUGGGCGCAAGUGAAGAAGUCCUUUGCUGGGAUGUCAAGAAGGGUGAACUGCUAGGUAGAUGGCGAGACUCGGCCUGUAAAGCACAGGUUACAGUGAUCACGCAUAGCAAGACGGACGAGGAUAUUUUUGCGGUGGGUUAUGAAGAUGGAAGCAUCCGCCUCUGGGAUUCGCGAACCGAAUCCGUCAUCAUUUCUUUCAAUGGCCACAAGUCCGCCAUUACCCAACUCGCCUUCGAUAACGCCGGAGUUCGUCUGGCGAGUGGUUCGAAAGACACGGACAUCAUCCUGUGGGACUUGAUUGCAGAAGUCGGACUUUUCAAGAUGCGUGGGCAUACCGACCAAGUCACCUCCUUGAAUUUCCUUACACCAUCCACCGAAUUGCUCAAUGCUGCAGGCCUCAGCGAUCAUGCGGGAUUUUUGCUGUCGACGGGAAAGGAUGCGCUCAUCAAAGUCUGGGAUUUGGCUUCGCAGCACUGUAUUGAGACCCAUGUGGCUCAAUCGAAUGGUGAAUGCUGGAGUUUGGGGCUUUCCCCUGACGAGAGUGGUUGCAUCACCGCUGGUAAUGACGGAGAACUCAAGGUUUGGUCUAUCGAUGAGAGUGCUAUGAUCGAAAUCUCCAAGGAGAAAGUCGGAUCUGAAGGCCAGAAGAUUCUGACGGACAGAGGAACACUCUACCGCACCGGCAAAGAUCGCACGAUCGGAAUCAGCUUCCACCCCCGGUCGGACUACAUCGGCAUUCACGGUUCGGAGAAGGCAGUCGAGAUUUGGCGGAUUCGCUCGCAGGUCGAAGUGCAGAAGAGCUUGGCAAGGAAGCGCAAGAGAAGAAAGGAGAAGGAUGCGCAACGUGCUGCAGACAAGGAAGGAGCCGUCCCCGAGACUGACAGUAAAACGCCGGACGACGACGCCGCGUCUGCACCGGUUUCUGAAGUCUUCGUACCCCAUACUAUUGUUCGAACCGGGGGCAAGGUUCGGUCCUUCGACUGGAUCAGGACUAAAUCUAGCGGCAAUCUACACCUGUUGGCCGCUACCACGAACAAUCAGAUUGAGGCCUACAGCGUCGUGACCGCCAACAAGAAGAACAAAGACGAGGACGAGUCGGAGUACACCCGGAACUUGGCAGUCGAUAUUCCCGGUCACCGCACCGAUAUCAGAUCCGUGGCAUUGAGCUCUGAUGAUCGAAUGCUAGCGUCUGCGUCCAACGGCAGCCUUAAGAUCUGGAACGUCCGCACACAAAGCUGUUUGCGUACUCUUGAAUGUGGAUAUGCUCUCUGCUCGGCCUUCCUCCCCGGAGAUAAGAUUGUUGUUGUCGGAAAUAAAGACGGUCAGCUCGAGGUCUUCGAUAUCGCUUCCUCGACUCUUCUCGAUACGAUAAAGGCCCACGACGGACCGGUAUGGUCGCUGCAGGUUCACCCGGAUGGCAAGUCCCUAGUCAGUGGCAGUGCCGACAAGUCUGCCAAAUUCUGGAGCUUCCAGGUUGUUCAGGAAGAUAUUCCUGGAACAAAGAGAACUACGCCACGACUCAAGCUGGUGCACACAAGGACUCUGAAGGUCUCGGAUGACAUUCUUAACGUCCGCUUUUCCCCUGAUGCCCGGCUGCUUGCUGUGGCCCUCUUGGACAAUACCGUCAAGGUGUUCUUCGUCGAUUCGCUUAAAUUGUUCCUCAACCUCUACGGCCAUAAACUCCCGGUCCUUAGCAUGGACAUCUCUUGGGACAGCAAGUUGAUUGUUACAUGCUCAGCUGAUAAGACGGCACGUGUCUGGGGUCUCGAUUUCGGUGAUUGUCACAAGUCAUUCUUGGCACACGAAGACAGUGUUAUGGCCGUUGCUUUCGUCCCGAACAACAAAGAAGGGAAUGGCCACAACUUCUUCAGUGCUAGCAAGGAUCGUUUGAUUAAGUACUGGGAUGGUGACAAAUUUGAACAUAUUCAAAAGCUGGCUGGGCACCACGGCGAGAUCUGGGCGCUAGCUAUCAGUCACUCCGGAGAAUUCAUUGUCACUGCCAGUCAUGACAAGAGCAUCCGCACCUGGGAGCAGACCGACGAGCAACUUUUCUUGGAAGAAGAGCGGGAGAAAGAGCUCGAAGAGAUGUACGACAACUCCCUCACGGCCUCCCUCGAGCAGGAGGACGGAGAAGACGGAGAGAAGGCCGAAGCCGUUGAUGCUGGCAAGCAGACGUCUGCCACGCUCAUGGCCGGAGAGAAGAUCAUCGAAGCCCUGGAUCUGGGAAUGGAGGAUCUGGAGGUUGUGCGCGAGUGGCGUGCUAUCAAGGCGAAGCAGCCCAACGCAGCUCCUCCGAAGCGCAAUCCCUUGUACAUGGCAUUGGGAGACGUUUCUGCCGAAAGGCAUCUGCUGAACGUUGUCCAGAAGAUCCCCGCUGCUGCUCUUCAGGAUGCCCUGCUGGUUCUGCCAUUCUCGAAGAUCCCGGCUUUGUUCACGUUCCUGAACAUCUGGGCCGGUCGUGAAUGGAAUGUUCCUCUCACCUGCCGUGUCCUGUUUUUCAUUCUCAAGACGCACCAUCGCCAGAUUGUCGCGAGCAAGAUGAUGCGGCCGAUGCUUGACGGCAUUCGCGCCAGUCUGCGUCGGGUGCUGGCCCGCCAGAAGGACGAGAUGGGUUUCAACAUGUCCGCGCUGCAGUUCGUUGGCCAACAGAUCCAAGAGUCGAGCACGAAGGACUACAUUGACGAGGCCGCCUACGAGGAACAGGAGGGCAUGACCGGUACGGGCAAGAAGCGGCAGUUCAUCAGCAUUGCUUGAGCACGUUCUGUUCAAGUUGAUUUGUUUUUACUAUCUGUACACGUGCAUGUGUUUGGCGUUUCAGACUUGUUGAUGGGUCCUCUCUUUUUGGUUACGCAUGAAAAGUUCUAUAUCCGGAAGGUUAUGAUAGGUUCGACUUAGACUCCAUGUAAAUUUG